GCCUAAUUUGAGAGCUCGACAGAAUAGGUCUAAAUUGUCUAUCUUCCAUUGAUAAAAGAGUUCUAUUUAAGUUGAUUUUAGAUUCCACGUGUAACAAUGGCGGUUGAGGUGGUUGGUGGUGCUACAUUCAUUGCUCCCAAUCACAAUGCUUCAAAGCACCAACAAUGGCCCAAGAGUAAAUAUCAAGUGAUCUCUCUCAUACUCGACACAGAAAUACGAGAUAAUGUGUGUGGUUUUGAAUCACACGUAAAGCUUCCAGAAUCAUCACCCAGUGGUUGAUAGAACGAGGAUGGAUUCAAUUCAUUCAAAGAGCCAGCUAGACUAUGCUCUGUUCCAGCUAACUCCUACCAGGACCAGAUGUGAUCUCGUUAUAUGUGUUGGUGAUUGCAAAGAGAAACUUGCAUCUGGACUAUUGUCACCUUUUAUUGCUCAUCUCCAGUUCGCCAAAGAUCAGAUUUCAAAAGGAGGUUACUCCAUUACCCUUUCUGCUUCUGCUCCUUGGUUCACCAAAUCCACUCUUGAAAGAUUUGUGAGGUUUGUAAGUACACCAGAGGUUCUUGAAAGAUCUAUCACCAUUGAGAGAGAGAUUGCAAACAUCGAAUUAUCACUAAACACCAACACACCAUCUGACUCGCAAAGUCUCUAUGGGUUGGAGGAACACUUGAACAAGUCAUCUAAUCUUGUCUACAAGCAUGAAAGCAACACAGAUGAUGCUGUCCAUGAAGAAGAUUCCAAGGUUCAUCUUCAACGUGUUCUUGAAAAUAGAAAGGCAAUACUUCAAAAAGAGCAAGCAAUGGUUUAUGCACGUGCUUUAGUUGCAGGUUUUGAGACAAAUAACCUUGAAGAUCUCAUCUCUUUUUCUGAUGCUUUUGGAUCUCCUCGUUUAAGGGAAGCAUGCUUAAAUUUCAUGGAAUUGUGCAAUACAAAGAGUAAUGAUAGAGUCUGGAUGGAUGAGGUGGCAGCAAUGCAGGCAUACUCUUGUUCACAAAGCUCUUAUAUAGAAACAUCUGGUGCAAUCCUAUUCCCUGAGGAAGAUGAUCCUAGUCAAGAACUUAGGGUUAAUGUCCAAAAUGGUAAUUUUUCCACCAAGAAACAGAACAGUGCUGUUGAUAUCCAUACUUAUCAUGGCAACCCCAUGUUUCAUCUUCCAUAUCAAGGGUACCCUUUUCCACCCAUGCUCAUCCCUCCAUAUUAUCAACAGAAUCUACCAUUUCAAGAUUUCAAAAGUAGAGGGAAACUUUCACAAAAGAAAGAAUCACACUCAAGUGACUCUAGUUCUGAAAGUGAAACAAGGAGUUCAUCAAGAAAGAUUGUAAUCAGAAAUAUUAAUUACAUCAAUUCUGAAAGAGGUUUAGAAACAGAACAUAAAUCUGAUGAGAAUUUAGAAUUUGAAGAUAAACGUGAAGGUGAAAAGGUGACUCAGCAAUGGGAUAUCUUCCAGAACCUUUUGAUGAAGGAUACAGAUGACAAAGAGUCUGAGGAAUUUGUUUCAAAUAAAUUUGAAGAACAGAAUAUUAAUCAAUCUGGAAGACAUAAAGAAGGAGAUUGGUUUUCAGGAAGUUUGUCAGAUAAAACAGUUCAUGAAAAAAGCAAGGACAUCUUUGAAGACAAUUUCCAGUCUACAGAAAGUAGAAAAGAUGUUCUUGUUGAUGAUUCUUUAGCAAUUCAAGAUCAUUCUUUACACAAAUCAUCAGAAACCCAUUUGAGAACACAAGAAAUUCUAAUGGUUUCAGAUAAUUUGACACAUAAAACUUCAUAUUCGAGAAAUAAAAAUGUCAAUGAGCCUAAUGAUCUGUACAUGGUUCUUGAAAGAGAGACAGCUGGCAAGCAAACCAUGCCAACCUGGACUCCAGAAAUGGAAUUGGGAAAUAAUGAUGUUAAGAUCAUAAAACAAGAUUCUGUUGGGAACAAGAAGUCAACAAAGUCAACGCCUGGUAAAGGGUCAACCAUUGAAACCAAAUCUAAAGCUUUAUCUGAAAGAAAAAGCAAAUCUGAUGUCAUUUCAAGAAGCAAGAAACCUAUAGCAAAGGGUAAAUCAGACAAGGAAGAAGAGAAAAGAAAGAGAAUGGAGGAACUGCUAAUUCAACGUCAAAAAAGAAUAUCUGCAAGAAGUGCUUCUGCAACUAAUAAGUCAAAAAGUCAACUUGCAUCCCAAGAUAUGAAAAAGUCAAAUAAACCGGUCAUUAAAAGUUCCACUAUCAAUCGCCUUUCAACUGCACGUGUAAUUAAUCCCAAAGUAUUACCUACUGAAUCAAAACCUGUUUAUAAACCUAUAAAAGUUUCCACCAAAAAGAUUACUGAAUCAAAACCUACAAAAAUUCCCACCAAAAAGAUUACUGAAUCAAAACCUACAAAACUUCCCAGAAAAAAGAUUCCUGAAUCAAAACCUGCAAAAGCUGUCAUCAAAAAGAUUUCUGAAUCAAAACCUGCAAAAGCUGCCACCAAAAAGAUUUCUGAAUCAAAACCUGCAAAAGUUGUCACCAAAAAGAAUUUUGAAUCAAAACCUACAAAAAUGGCAAUGAAUAAGACGAGUGAACAAAAACUUGUUGAAUCAAAACCUGCAAAAAUGUUAACGAAAACCAUUGAUUCAAAAAGUUCAAAAGAUCCAAAGAAGGUUGCUAUUGUGAACAAUGUCAAGCAAUUGCCAAUAACACCUCCAAACCAUGAAUCUACACAAUCGGAGAAAACAAUCAAAACAUCAUCUUCAGUUGUUCAAGAAGAUAAAGCUAUUCCUCUCAACAAUGGUGGAUUAUCCAAGAAAGCUUUAAACACUGUUACUUUCAAAAUCGAUGAGGAUCAUGGUGUUAAAGAAAACCCUAAUUUCAAAUUGAAUCAUGAAAUUUCUAUGGUAGAAACCACGGAAAGAAACAAUUCAAGGAAGAAAUGGAGCAGUUUCGAAACUUCAAGUAAAGCUCUUAGUGGUUUCAAAAAGCUUCUAUCUUUUGGCAGACGAAGAUAAUAAAUUUUUUUUUUUAAAAAAAAGAUAAUUUAAAAAUACAAUGUUUGAAGCUUGAAAUUUUCGGUUAUUGCGUGCAUGAUAUAUUGUAACGAUUAUUUAUUGCAUUUCUCUUCGGUUUGAAGAUUUGCUU